UCGUCACACCACAGCAGUGGAGACGGGUUGGAACAUGGAGGUGUGGAAGCAGAUGUUUCAGGAACUAAUGCAGGAGGUGAAACCAUGGCACAGGUGGACACUGACUCCAGACAAAGGCCUGCUUCCCAGUGUCCUACAGCCAGGGUGGAUGCAAUACCAGCAGUGGACCUUCGCCAGGUUCCAGUGCUCCUCCUGCUCCCGCAGUUGGGCCUCUGCCCAUGUCCAGGUCCUUUUCCACAUGCACUGGAGUGAGGGGACAUCCAGUGGCCAAGUGAAGAUGAGGGUCUUUGCCCAGAGAUGUAAGAAGUGCUCCCAGCCUCUGUUCGAGGCUCCUGAGUUCACGCAAGAGAACAUCUCAAGGAUCCUGAACAACCUGGUGCUGCGGAUUCUGAAGAAAUGUUAUAGAGAAGGGUUUAAGUUAGUGGAGGAGAUUCCUAUGGUCAAGGAGGUCUCUCUGGAAGGGCCCCAUGACAGUGACAACUGCGAGGCCUGUCUGCAGGGCUUUUGUGCUCAGAGUGGGCUGCGCCCAGCCAUGCAGUCACCGAGGCCCCCAGCACUGCCCACCCUCUCCAAGGUCGCAGAGGGGCCCAGGGUCACUGCUACUGUCAUCGACCUCCCCUGCUCACAACCACCCCCCAAAGACAACAAGCCCCUUGAGUCGAAAGUUCACCCUAAAAUCGCUAACCCUCCCAAGGCUGCCAAUACCCCCAAGGUCAGCAAAACCUCAAAACCAUCAACUGCUCCAAGAUGUCCAGCCCAACAGUUGCCACCAGCAAGCUCACCUACCCCUGGGAUGGCCACUCAAGUGCCCUCUCCCACAAAGAGUCGCAUGGCAGCAGACGCAGGCAGCCUAGGGGACUUCCGGUGGUGGUGGCUCACUGGUCAGCGUUGGACUGGAUGCAGACGUCAGGAGGGCGUGGCUAAUGCCCUCAGUGCCCCUCCACUUGGAUCGGAAGCCUUGGGUGCUUCCAGUGGUGGCUCAGUGGUCAUCACCAGGGUGGAUGCUGACAUUGGAGGGGUGUGGCUGAAGCCUUCCACAUCCCACCGCUCCAGCUCAGGAGGCCAGGGUGCUUCCAGUGGCCUGGUGGUCAUCAGUGGGCUGGAUGCAGUUAUCGAGGGGUGUGGCUAA